AUGAGUGCAUUGCCCACAGCCCGCCUGGUGGCAGGUCUGGAGGACGUACAGGUAUACGACGGGGAAGAUGCGGUCUUCUCCCUGGAUCUUUCCACCAUCAUCCAGGGCACCUGGUUCCUUAACGGGGAAGAGCUCGAGAGUAACGAGCCAGAGGGCCAGGUGGAGCCUGGGGCCUUGCGAUACCGGAUAGAGCAGAAAGGCCCACAGCACAGACUCCUCCUGCAGGCUGUCAGGCACCAGCACAGCGGGGCACUCGUUGGCUUCAGCUGCCCCGGUGUGCAGGACUCGGCCGCCCUCACCAUCCAAGAGAGCCCGGUGCACAUCCUGAGCCCCCAGGACAAGGAGUCGUUGACCUUCACGACCUCGGAGCGGGUGGUGCUGACCUGUGAGCUCUCCCGGGCGGACUUCCCAGCGCGCUGGUACAAGGACGGGCAGGAGGUAGAGGAGGGCGAGUCGCUGGUGGUGAAGAUAGAUGGGCGCAAGCACCGCCUGAUCCUGCCGGCCGCCGAAGUCCGAGACAGCGGCGAGUUUGAGUGCAGAACAGAAGGCGUCUCAGCCUUCUUCAGUGUCACCGUCCGAGACCCCCCGGUGCAUAUCCUGGACCCCCAGGAGCACGUGUUUGUGCAUGCCAUAACCUCUGAGUGUGUCAUGCUGGCCUGUGAGGUGGACCGAGAGGAUGCACCCGUGCGCUGGUACAAGGAUGGGCAGGAGGUGGAGGAGAGUGACUUUGUGGUGCUGGAGAAGGAGGGGCCCCACCACCGGCUGGUGCUGCCUGCCGCCCAGCCCCCCGACGGGGGCGAGUUUCAGUGCGUCGCUGGAGAUGAGCGUGCCUACUUCACCGUCACCAUCACAGAUGUCUCCUCGUGGAUCGUGUACCCCAGUGGCAAGGUGUAUGUGGCGGCCGUGCGCUUGGAGCGUGUGGUGCUGACCUGUGAGCUGUGCCGGCCGUGGGCCGAGGUGCGCUGGACCAAGGACGGUGAAGAGGUGGUGGAGAGCCCCGCAUUGCUCUUGCAGAAGGAGGACACCGUCCGCCGCCUCGUGUUGCCUGCCGUCCAGCUGGAGGACUCUGGCGAGUACUUGUGUGAAAUGCGUGGCAGGUCAGCAGCCUCCUUCACGUCACUUAUCUGGUAGUCUUACCAAAGUCAGGACAGUUCAAAUAACAAUCCGGAGUUAUGCGUCCUCUUGAAAAAGCCGAAGACCCGGCGGCUCUGGUCCCGAUUCCCCCCAUGGCGACGAACAGCUGGUGCUGAGUAG